GUUAUGUAUCAAAAAUGCAUUCGUCUAUUGCAAUUUGUUUUAUUAUUUCGAUUUGGGUGUCUAAUUCCGAAACUGCACAAGAGAGUCGAAUUUAUGAUGGCUACGCAAUCGACAUUUCUGAAGCACCGUACAUGGCUCAAGUUUACUUCUUGGACAAAAAACAUUUCGAACAUAGAUGUGGAGGAGCGAUUUUGAGAGAAGAUAUCGUCAUUACUGCAGGACACUGUGUCAGGGAUAGUCAUACGUUGGAAGAUCGCGAUGCUAAGGGCUUUAGCGUUAUGGUAGGUGCUACAGAACGACAUGAUCCUAAAAUGGGACAUACAUUGGAGGUACAAAACGUUUAUCCACAUCCAAACUUCAAAGGGCACAAAGGUGGGCUCCAUCAUGACGUUGGGAUUUUGCGAUUGGCAAGUAAAAUUGUGAUGGGUGAAAAUACGGAGUCAAUUAAAUUGGCUCUUUCAAGUGACGAGACUCCAGUAGGAAGAAAGAUAAUAACAAGUGGCUGGGGAAGAAAUCCACAACAUCCCAACGACGAGGGUCUGUACCAAGCCAUAAUGGCAAUCAGUUCUUAUCGGGAAUGUGCCAAAAGAUACAAUCAAGACAUAGAGGAAUUAAAAAAACACGAAAUUUGUGCAAAGCCAGUGCAAGGAAAGACAUGUCCGGGUGAUUCUGGGGGCCCCGCUAUAGACACAAAAACAAAUCGCAUAAUUGGAUUGACUUCGUUUGGUAAAGGUGGUUGUGACGUAAAUCACGCAGUAGUUUUUGUCAAAAUCACCGACAAUUUGGAUUUUAUCCACAGUAUUAUCAGUCAAAAUGUUACGAAUGACUCUAGUGUUGCAUCGGAUGAUGGAUGUGACGAGCCUUCGCUAGAAGAACACUAGAAUUAGAUUUUGUUCAAAUUUUCUGGGUGAUGGGAAAACGAAUUGACAUGGAAAGUUCAAAUAAAAGUUAUUGAAUCACA